GCUGGGGAUCUCUACUCCCUGGCUGGAGGCACCGCCGAGGCCGCCUUCUACCAGUCCAGCCCACCCUCCUGCGGCCAUGUCCCGGCCCCUGUCAGACCAAGAGAAGAGGAAGCAAAUCAGCGUGCGUGGCCUGGCUGGUGUGGAGAAUGUGGCUGAGCUGAAGAAGAACUUUAACCGGCACCUACAUUUCACACUCGUGAAAGACCGCAAUGUGGCCACCCCGAGAGACUACUACUUUGCACUGGCCCACACCGUACGUGACCACCUGGUGGGCCGCUGGAUCCGCACGCAGCAGCACUACUAUGAGAAGGACCCCAAGAGGAUCUACUACCUGUCUCUCGAGUUCUACAUGGGACGGACCCUACAAAACACUAUGGUGAACCUGGCCUUGGAGAAUGCCUGUGAUGAGGCCACCUACCAGCUGGGUCUGGACAUGGAGGAGCUGGAGGAAAUUGAGGAGGACGCAGGGCUGGGCAAUGGGGGCCUGGGCCGGCUGGCAGCCUGCUUUCUGGACUCCAUGGCAACACUGGGCCUGGCUGCCUAUGGCUACGGGAUCCGCUAUGAGUUUGGGAUUUUUAACCAGAAGAUCUGUGGGGGCUGGCAGAUGGAAGAGGCUGAUGACUGGCUCCGCUAUGGCAACCCCUGGGAGAAGGCCCGACCUGAGUUCAUGCUGCCUGUGCACUUCUAUGGCCGAGUGGAGCACACCAGCCAGGGGGCCAAGUGGGUGGACACACAGAUGGUGCUGGCCAUGCCUUAUGACACCCCUGUGCCUGGCUACCGCAACAACAUCGUCAACACCAUGCGCCUGUGGUCUGCCAAGGCCCCCAAUGACUUCAACCUCAAGGACUUCAACGUCGGGGGCUACAUCCAGGCUGUGCUGGACCGCAACCUGGCUGAGAAUAUCUCUCGUGUCCUAUACCCCAAUGACAACUUCUUUGAGGGAAAGGAGCUGCGGCUGAAGCAGGAGUACUUUGUCGUGGCAGCCACACUCCAGGACAUCAUCCGCCGUUUCAAGUCCUCCAAGUUCGGUUGCCGCGACCCCGUGCGCACGAGCUUUGAUGCCUUCCCAGAUAAGGUGGCCAUCCAGCUCAAUGACACCCACCCCUCCUUGGCCAUCCCUGAGCUGAUGAGGAUUCUGCUGGACCUGGAGCAGCUGGAGUGGGACAAGGCAUGGGAUGUGACAGUGAGGACCUGUGCCUACACGAACCACACAGUGCUGCCUGAGGCCCUGGAGCGCUGGCCUGUGCACCUAAUUGAGACACUGCUGCCCCGGCACCUCCAGAUCAUCUAUGAGAUCAACCAGCGCUUCCUUAAUCGGGUGGCAGCCGCAUUCCCUGGAGAUGUAGACCGGCUGCGACGCAUGUCACUGGUGGAGGAGGGCGCAGUGAAGCGCAUCAACAUGGCCCACCUGUGCAUCGCUGGCUCGCACGCUGUCAACGGCGUGGCUUGGAUCCACUCUGAGAUCCUUAAGAAGACCAUCUUCAAGGACUUCUACGAGCUGGAGCCAUAUAAGUUCCAGAAUAAGACCAAUGGCAUCACCCCUCGGCGCUGGCUGGUUCUGUGUAACCCUGGGCUGGCAGAGGUCAUUGCAGAGCGCAUCGGUGAGGACUACAUCUCAGACUUGGACCAGCUGCGCAAACUGCUCUCCUAUGUGGAUGAUGAAGCCUUUAUCCGGGAUGUGGCCAAAGUGAAGCAGGAAAACAAGAUAAAGUUUUCUGCAUACUUAGAGAAGGAAUACAAAGUCCACAUCAACCCCAACUCACUCUUUGACAUCCAGGUGAAACGGAUUCACGAGUAUAAACGCCAGCUCCUCAACUGCCUCCAUGUCAUAACCCUGUAUAACCGCAUCAAGCAGGAUCCCAAUAAGUUUGUUGUGCCUCGAACUGUGAUGAUUGGAGGGAAGGCUGCGCCUGGAUACCACAUGGCCAAAAUGAUCAUCAAACUCAUCACGGCCAUUGGGGAUGUGGUCAACCAUGACCCCGUGGUGGGAGACCGCCUCCGCAUGAUCUUCCUGGAGAACUACCGUGUCUCUCUGGCUGAGAAAGUGAUCCCGGCUGCCGACCUCUCCGAGCAGAUCUCCACUGCAGGCACUGAAGCCUCAGGCACUGGCAACAUGAAGUUCAUGCUUAAUGGGGCUCUGACCAUUGGCACCAUGGAUGGGGCCAACGUGGAGAUGGCAGAAGAGGCAGGAGAGGAGAACUUCUUUAUCUUUGGCAUGCGGGUGGAGGACGUGGAAAAGCUUGACCAGAAAGGGUACAGUGCCCAGGAGUACUACGACCGAAUUCCUGAGCUUCGGCAGGUCAUUGAGCAGCUGAGCAGUGGUUUCUUCUCCCCCAAACAGCCCGACCUGUUCAAGGACAUUGUCAACAUGCUCAUGCACCAUGACCGGUUUAAAGUUUUUGCAGAUUAUGAAGACUACAUUAAAUGCCAGGAGAAAGUCAGUGCCCUGUAUAAGAACCCAAGAGAGUGGACGCGGAUGGUGAUCCGGAACAUAGCCACCUCAGGCAAGUUCUCCAGUGACCGCACAAUUGCUGAGUACGCCCGGCAGAUCUGGGGUGUAGAACCUUCCCGCCAGCGCCUGCCAGCCCCUGAUGAGAUCUGAGCCUCCAGAGCAGACCCUGAGUCUGUUUGCAAUCCCUUGGGCCAGCCCCAGCUCCUCAUACAGAGGGUGGGGUACUGGAAUUAGAUUGCUAAGCCUCUUCCUGGUACCCCCGAUGUUCCCCCAGCGUCGCGGUCUCAGUGGCCAGCGUGACUAAGGACACUGCUCCCAUCCUGCCUCCAGAGCCCUGCCCCUCCUAUUACGGGUUUGACCAACUGGACCCACUCUCAAUAAACUAAUUCUCCUUGGGCGCCUCCUUA